CAAAUCUGGCCCGUCCGGCGGCCGCGCGGAGGAGGUUGCGGCUUAGCGGCCGAUCUCCCGCCACUGCAGAGGUGCGUCACUUCUCCUGCCUUUUUCAUCUACCUGUCGGUUUCUUCUCGACAACACCACCACCACCACCACAAUGCCAGACAACAACCCCGCAGAAGAAGAAGAAGAAGAAGAAGAAGAAGAAGAAGAAGAAGAAGAAGAAGAAGAUUACUUCCUCCCUUUGGAGGACCAACGCGUCUUCGGCGCCGGGAUCCGCCGCAAGCGCGUCCCCUUCGUGCGCUCCUCCGACGGGCCCGACCUCAACACCACCGACUCCGCCCUCCACCGCCAUGCCGCCGCGUCCACCGCACCUAGUACAACGACAGGCGCCACCAUCGCGAACAAAUACCUCUCUAUCGUCCUCGCGAAAUCCGCUACGCCUACCCCGGAGGAGACCACAGUAGAUUUCCCAGCCACAGCUCCAUCCACCACCACCACGAAUACUCCCACCACCACCACUACAGCAGCAGCAGCAAUUCCACAAUCCCACUCCGCACCAACACCACCAUCAACCACCACUACUCCCCCUCUCGAACACAACAACAACCCGAACCCGAUAUCUCAAAUCUGCCAAAUCUGCAACCUCCCUUACACAGCAGCAUCAUCCUCAUUAGAGACCCAAACCGCAACAGAAACCACCCCCCAUCCCCACGCCCGCCCACACGAAGCCUCCCUCGCGCACCAACUCUGCCUCACCCACUCGCAUCCGCCCUCGCACCUGGACCGCACCCGCCCGGGCCUGCGCUACCUAGCCGCCUACGGCUGGGACCCGGACAGCAGGCUGGGGCUGGGGGCGCCGGGGCGGGAGGGGAUCGUGGCGCCGGUGAGAGGGAAAGUGAAGGUUGAUACGGUGGGGUUGGGGGUUGUAGGCCAAGCAUCGGAUGAGGAGGGGGACCACAAAAGACGGAGGCGCGGGGGCGGUAAGGAUGCCGGGGGCACCAGGGGCGGUGGGAAAGUGCAGAAGUUGAAUGCCAAGGAGGUGCGGAGGGGGCAGGUGGAUGCCAGGAAGCGCGGGGAGAGGCUGCGCGAGCUGUUUUAUCAGGAUGAGAGGAUUUUGAGGUAUCUUGGGGGUGGUUGAAUUCAUUUGGCGAGGGGAGGGGGCCGGGUUGGUUGGGUUGGGAGAAGAGUUCUGGAAUGUUUAGUGGCCUUGUUUCUGUGGCGUACGUUUAGAUACCCUCUAUUAUUUAUUGUCCAUGAAUUAUUUUUCGUUGUCCGGGAUGCGUGUACA